AACGCGGCAUUUGAUUGAUCGGUUGAGGGACGAGCGACGCGGAGGAGUGACGUAGAUGCUACGUCUCUUAGUAGAUACUUACAUCCGGGUGAGGGAUUUGAGGUUCUUGGUUUGCAGGUCCACAACGAUAUCAAAUUACCAGUAUCGCCACCCUUCCAUCAGCCAAGAUGUGCAGCUAUCACGGUACAAUCAGACUGUUGAUGCAGGUGCUUUGGGCCCACCUGCUCUGUGGAUGGGCGUUUGGCUCUGAGCUUACAUUUGAGCUUCCGGAUAACGCAAAACAGUGUUUCUAUGAAGAUAUCACCGUUGGCACAAAGUGUACACUUGAGUUCCAGGUUGUCACUGGUGGGCAUUACGAUGUUGACUGUCGUCUGGAGGAUGCAGAUGGUACUGUUCUUUACAAAGAAAUGAAGAAGCAGUAUGACAGCUUUACAUUCACGGCUGCCAAGAACGGAACAUACAAGUUCUGCUUCAGCAAUGAGUUUUCCACCUUCACGCACAAGACCGUCUACUUCGAUUUCCAAGUUGGAGAGGAUCCCCCACUUUUCCCCAAUGAGAACAGGGUCACUGCUUUAACUCAGAUGGAGUCUGCCUGCGUGUCCAUUCAUGAGGCCCUGAAAUCGGUCAUUGACUAUCAGACACAUUUCCGUCUGCGGGAGGGUCAGGGACGCAGCCGUGCCGAGGACCUCAACACAAGAGUGGCUUUCUGGUCCAUUGGAGAGGCUUUCAUUUUGCUGGUGGUCAGCAUCAGCCAGGUAGUUUUGCUGAGGAGCUUCUUUUCUGACAGGAAGACCACCACGACGCGUGUUGGAUCCUAACGUCCCACAGCAUCUCAUCCCAGUCACUUCCACAAGGGACUUCAGAUACAACAACAACAACAACAACAACAACAACCAACAACAGUUCAUGGCAGAUUUGUUUUGUUUUUUAGAUGCCAUUCACAGAAUUUGAAUUUUUAAGAUACGUUCAGGUUUUGAAGUUACUUUUAACAAACCCAGUGGAUUGUGUAAAUGAAAUCUAUCAAAUAUUGGAAAUGUAUUUAUUAUGUGGGUGCAUAUUGUCAUUGUUUUCCUGAAUGUAUGAACAUACUGGUAGCCUGUCUUGCAGUUCUAAUUUGAGACCUACUUGAUACAUUACAUAAUGGUUGCAGAAUUUAAUUUCACACAGUUCUCACUUCCUCCUUAGUAAUGGCUCAAUUCAAACUUUGUUGUGAUAUCAAACAAAUCAAAAUAACUGAUGUAGACAAUUGGUAAGCAUAUUCUUUGUUUUUUAUUUGAGAUUCCACUCGUCAACAUGGCUUGUGGCCAGCAGAGGUUGUGUUUUGGGUGGAUGGGCUUUGACUAGGUGCAUUUUCAGGAGUUCAACCAUCUCCUUAUUGUAACUGGUGUUUUGUUAUUGGUGUAUAUGGUUAAAACAGAUAAAAAUGAAGCUGGUGUAAGCACAUUAAUUUCUUUUAUAUUAUUAAUUUCUUCAAUGGUGUGGUCUUUUUCUUUUUGGUUUGCGUACUGUUCAUUAUUAUUUCUACACAGUCAUCAGUGUGUUGGCACUCCAAGGAAUUGUUUCCUUAUUUGAAUAGCUGAAUAAACAUUUUCUGGUAAACCCA